AUGGUCUCACCCUCGAAGGCCAAACUUUCCAGGAUCGCCGGUCAACAGCAGCAGCAGGAAGAGCAGGAAGCGCAGCAGCAACAGCUUCCAUCACAACAGGCAUCCCAAAGGAAAUCGAAAAAUAAAGUGCAAUUGGUGAAGGGCCCGAAACCGUUAGUGUACCAUCGGUUCUAUCUAGACAUAGAACAGCAUCAGGUUGCGACUAAAAUCGAAACAACGAUCAAACAGCUCGGAGGUUCGAUAGAAUUCUUUCUCAACAAAGAUAUCACACACUUCAUAACUGACAAGCUACAACCAGGCGAUCAACCUUCGGGUACAGUCGUUGCUGGUGAAACUGGCGAGUGUAAAGAACACAUACCAUCCGUAGCACCCUUAUCCUCUGGCGUUGCUGGUUCCAUCGAAAAGCCAUCCUCGGCAGGCCGCUUUCCGUCGGUUCCAUCACCGGUCACCGGUACACCGCUAUUGCAGCAACCGCGCCAUCCGCAACAGCAGCAACCGUUGCAUCGCAGUUCGCGUCAACUUCUUCAUUUGACGCACCAGCAGCAAACCCACGGUCAAUAUGUAAAUGACUACGAAUCGGCGACCAGUCGUACAUCGUCACCAUGUCCACCACCGAUAACAUCAUCAACCACAGCAGCCGUACCUUCCUCUUCAGCAGGAGCAUGCAUCACUACCAGCAGAGGUGCAGCAUCCGGGCAGAAGCAGCAGCAGCAGCAGCAGCAGAUAGUGCUGGGGUCAGGGUCUGCCUCCAGCACUGCGACGUCGGUAGGGUUUGAUGGGAAGGUUAAACCGAUCCACCUAUCGUCCAACAGUCUGCCGACAGCAGCAGUACCACGCAGCCGUGCAGAUGCUAUGCUACAGCGUGUACGUCAACAGCAACAGCAACAAACUACUCAGUAUAGUCAACAGCCAUCCUACAAUUUGCUACACUCGUCGCCACUAAAUCCCACCACCUCGGGCCUAACGUAUGGUUCCACGCCGACAAAAGUCAGUACGCCGUCACCGUUUCAACCAUCUUCACACCAUAAGCAAGAGCCAAGUCCAAGCUACAGUCCGGCAGGUGCUGGCGUAGGCAAUCUAGGGGUCGUAUCACGAACGGGUGCGGCACCACGUCAGAACAGCCCUGUACAGCUGGUCCGAUCAUGGGGCAGCACCCUUAUCUGGAGUGCGGAGUAUGCGCUUAAAUUUCUCCGCAAAGUGCUCAGUUCGCUGCCGACUGAGAACGGUGCGAAACGUCCCAAAAGCGGUGCGGGAAGUACGGAUCUAACGGCGACGACAAGUGGACGACAUCGUCACCAUCGGCAUCAUCAUGGUUCGUCCGCGACGCGAACACCGCAGCACGUUCAUCAUCUGCGUGGACCGUUCAUAAAGAUCGAGAGUCUCACGGCACCGUGCAGCUAUCGUCCGGUUUACAAAGAGUUUAAACGGUGGCCUGUGCUGCUGUGGAAUGAGCAAGAGCUCGUCGGUAAAAAGAGUCCAUUCGCCGACGCUAACGAACCCACGCUGACCGAGCGAAAGCAACUGGAUGAGCAAGCUACCGGCAGGAAAGGUGCAGGGCUUGAGGUAGCGACUGUGGAGGGUACGAGUACAACUAGGAUGACGAGAAAGCUUUCCAGUACCGUCACCAACAACACCACAGCAGCUGCACGUACCGGUAGUAUAACGACGGCGAAAAACGGUGAAACGGUGACGAAAAAGCGACCCUUGGAGAAGCGGCCUGCGGCACCACCGAGAGACUGUGGCUAUUGUGAGAUUUGUCGCAUCGAGUACGAUUCACUGGUCGCGCACAUACAAUCGGAAAGCCAUCAGACGUUCGUGCGGAACGACGACAACUUUGCCUCGCUCGAUCGGUUGUUGGAUUCUUUCGGAGGGGGUGGCGAUAGUGGCGACGGUACGGCGCUAAGGCAAGCGGAAGGAUAUGACACUGAGGAUAGUGCUGUUGCUGUUGAAGCUUUUUUCCAACAGCUGCAAAACACAACCCGCAUUAAACGGGACGUUCAGGAGGAGCUGUUUGAAAGAAGGCGAGUAAGUUGUAAUCAACUGAAAGCAGUAGGCGAAGGCAAGCAGGAAAGGCAGGAGCGGGACGAGAAGGAACAGGAAGGACAGCAUAGGAAAACAUCAUCAACAACGGUAACGGUGGCGGUGACGACGACGACGACGGCCGCCGCUGACGAACUGAUCGAAAAACAAAACACACCGAUCGGAGAUACAAUUACAACGGAAGCAGCAGUAGAGGUGCAACAAGAACAGCCGCUAAAGCAAUCAACACCACAAAAGGAGCAAGACAACAACGCAGCAAACGAGGAAAACGAACGGUUGCUGCAAUGUACGCAGCAGGGUGGUAAACGGGCAAAAGUGAAAAGAAAGUUGGAUGCUGAUCAUAGUGAGCAGCAGCAGCGGUGCGAAAGGCUUGACAGUAAUUUGCAGAAACACUCAACUCCACGCGGUUCGGACGGUGACGGUAACGGUAGCAAGAAGGAUAGUUCCGAUUGUGGUAAUAAUACGCAAGAGCUUAUCAAAUUUGCGCUCAAAUCGGUGAUAGCGACGUUCGAAUGCAGUGAUAGUGAUUUUUUGGAAGACGUAGAACGCACUCUGGGCCAUUCGGUCCGGUUCGACGAUAGUAGUGUGCAGUGUACAGCCGGUAGUGUGAAGGAACAGCAGCAGGUGGAUAAUUGUGCACACUCGAGCAAACUUGAAAGUGGAAGUGAUAGUAAUAAGCGCGCUGCCAAUAGUAAUAGUAAUAAUUUAACAACUCGUGAUAGUAGUAGCACACAACCACCGGGUCAAAGGACGACCCGAAUCAGAGCGUGCAAACGGCAAACGGAGGCCGUAAGUGCGGUAAUACCUCGCGGUGAACGCCGGAGUAGUCGCAUAUCGUCAUCGGUCGCAGUGGUUCCAGUACCGUCAGCAUUCCGGGAAGUGACAGGGACGUUGGAAUAUUCCACAGAGGCAAGCAGUGAAGGAAUGUUUGGGCGGCGGUCAGCAAUUCAUCAUCAUCCGCAUAAUCAACUGAAUCAUCAUAACCAUCAGAAGCACAAAUCAACCCUCAGCGCACUAUUGCUCAAACAGCAACAGGAACGUGAUCAGCAGCAGCAUCAGCUAGGGCUGCUGCAGCAAACACAACAGCCGCCGUCUGCCGUAAGCACACACGAGUGGUGCGUAGAACACAACGCGACAACUAGCGGCGGUACCCUCGAUCAUGCUGCCGGGAUGAAAGUACUAACCGAUUUUCGAAAGCAGCGAGCAGACGACGAGUUGGUCCCGGAUAAAUCGGUUUUGCUAGUUGGAUCGGCAGCUGAGGCAACGGUAGUACAGCCGGCCUCCGCUACAAUCGAGCACGAAAAGCUGGGUAUUUUAGAUUCGGCAAUAGUAAAACCUCCUACCACCGGCGGGGGUAAUCGACGGAAGCGCAAUCCACGGUCGGAACAGCAAGAGGACGCAAUGGGAUUAAAAGCAUCGACGAUUGCGAUGAACAAACAUCACCAUCAUCAUACGCAUGUAGCGCAUCUGAACGAUGGUGGUGGUGGUGGGGCGACCGGUGCCGGUAGCAAAACGCGCCAUGCAACAGAACUGACUGCCACAUUGCUCGAGUGUGACGGGUUGGAUCCAAAGAACACGAAACGGAUCAGCUUGGGGUUGCGACAGAAUCCGAAACGGGCAAAUCUGAACGAAGACUUUACCAGCCUGCUGGACGAAACGUUAGAGCGAUCGAAAACGUCCAACUCGUCGUCGGCACGACGCACGACGGCACAGUCCCGGAUACGCGGCCAAACGAAGGGAAAGGAACAGACGGUCUCGAAGCUAGCGACUGCUGCCGGUAAGGGCGACGAAGAAAAACAGAACCGUGGCUGUGAGGAUGAAAAGAAAGAACAAAACAAUGAAACGCAAGAGAAUGAACGGCUUACGUCUGUGGCGGAAGUUGCGACAAGCACGAAGCGUGCGGUCGGUAAGAAGGCGGCUGCUCUCGAGGACAUUAAGGUGCGCGGUAUACGAUGGAGGGCCCCAAGCCCGACAACGCGACCACCUGUGAAAUCUCCCCUGCUGUACAAGGUAAUCGAUCACCAAACCGGAGAAGAGCCAAUCUCAACGAGCGACGGAGCAAACGAACGCAUAGCGAUGUCAUCGUCCCGAACAGCAACAGCGACGGGCGUGCAUGCAUCACGCAAAGAAUCGUCGACUGCUAGCUACGGUAGUAGUACCAACACACAGUUGACUAGCAAUCAGUUGCGAUCGCCCAAAUCUUCGACGGCUGGAAAAGCAUCUGGCGCCUUGCCCGGUAAAAAGAAUGGACUGAUCGUGAAGAUUCGGCGGGUGCGCCAGUCCGAGCUGAGCUUGUUGAAUGAUGAGGCGGAAAAUUUUAUGUUUCCCCGCAAGGAUGACAGCAGCUCGGACGAGGACACGGAUGAUGAUCGUCAAACGUCAUCGGAAGGAUUCCAUGCAGCCGGCGUUGGCAACAAUAACUACUCCGUGGAUUUAGCAAGCAGUAGCGAAGGGGACCGAGGAGCGCCGACGAUAAAGUUGGAAGAAGAUCGACACUCGGAAGAGGAACAACACGCCUCGCUCAGUGAUGAGAAGCAACAGCAAAAUACCGGCACCACCGGUGUUGUCGUUGGUAGUAGAAAGCGUAAGAAAGCGACUGCCGCUACUAGCGCCAGAGCCAUCUCACUGGAGUGUAGUGAUCAUCUAUCGUCUCCAACGUCUCGGACAUCGCCGUUAAAAUCCAAUGCCUCAUCAUCGGUUGGGCCAGUUUUAAAGCGUGCCCGGCUCGAACCAAACGCACGCAGGAAAGGACAACAAACAGCCGAUUAUGACAAGGGUCAAGAUCCAGCCGAUACAAGGUUGCGAUUUCCAGAGGCCCCCAUCCAGCCAAGCACCACAGUAGCAGUAACGAAAGGGACUGUAUCUUCCACCGAUCGGUUACGGCGCCGCCGUAGCCAAUCGAGUGUAUCGGAAGAUAAAGGCCACGAAGAGAAACAGGAUGAUGGAGAUGAAGCCAAAGCUUCUGACGAUUAUGUUGAAGAAGAUGUGGAAGAAGGGGAGAAGAAGGCAGUGCAAGAACGCAGGGGAAAGCGAAGGAAAGGCGGCGUACGCGGACGUCGGAUACAGAGACAAGCUGACCGGGAGGAAGAUACGGUCCCAAGCAGCAGCACCUCGUUACCAUCGCAAACGAUUCUUUGUAUUAGUUGCGUAGCGCGAUCGAACCGUGGACGCGGCCGUGGCGGGGUUGCUGGUCGUCGGGGGCGCCGUGGUGUGCGCGGUGGUGGUGUCGGACGCGGAGGAAGGCGAGCAAAUCGCUUGAAACCCGGAGCUUCAUGCACGUGCCAUUUGUUGGACGCUACGCGAAUGCCACCACCCUCCAGCAGGCGGCGCAACCACGAGUCCGUUGAGCGUUCCGGCACACCCGUCUCUCAGCGCAGCACUGGAACGCGUGCGUCAAAGACGAAAACCACUCCACCGAACGCAGCAGGUUCUUCAUCGUCACUAGCAGCAGCAUCAUCAUCCAUUAUGGGCAACAACAGUCUAUGUGGAAGCUACAUCAAGGGCAAGGAGGAUGGGAUGGGGGCAGUAUUCAAGUGGAUAAACUUUCGCAAGCGCUGCGAAGAGAUCGAACCGUAUCGGUUCGCGUUCGAGCGUGUACCCUCGCUGGAACCGUGGUACGAAACGUUCCAGCGGCAAGACGACGGUACGGAAAAAGUAUACGAAUAUUUUGGCAGCACUGGCUAUCGGAAACUACCGUACGAGAUGGGACCGUUGCCGGCUCUCGGUCAGAAUUGUUGUAUACUCAAUUACAAGGUUGUCGCCAGCCGUAAAUCGAAUCGAACUGCAUCACUGCAAUCGUCUUCAUCGGCCUCAAUGGAGCCUGCGUCUCCGAGCAGCAGUAAGAACAAAGCUGGAACAAGAUUAAAUUCGUCCGAGGGGCAACACUUUGCUAGCAGUGGGAGUGCUUCCCAUUCCGCUAGUGCUGUUAAUGAGCCGGACUCGAAAAAAUCCUCACCCUCCUCAUCACUAUCCUCGCUGCCAUUGAAAAAACGUAAGCUGCUGCUGCAGGAUGGUGCCGGUAGUUCAAGCACGUCGCACAAAACGGAUGGCAACACGGGUAGCGUCGAGGGAGGAGGAAGCCACAGUAGCCGAAUAGCGCGGCUCAUUGCUGGUGGAAAUGAACGACCACGAAAAUCGCCGCGAGAACACGCCUCAACACUGGCCAUACUAAGUCUGCUCCAGCAGCAACAGCACCGCAAGCGGGCAGGCACUAUUAAGAUACUUACCAGUCCAAAGAAGGCCACCACGGCGACGGCAACACAAACGACCAUCCUUCACGACCAGCUCCUGCAUCAGGACGCUGACAGUAAUGGAGAGGAGUUGAGUCGUUCCUGUUCGCGUGCGAGUGAUCGUGGCAGUUCGCGUGCCGGCUCGUCGAAUGGUGGCGGUGGCAUCAAGUUCGAACGACCUCUCUUUCCGGAUAGCACCUAUGUCAACAGUCGAACCCUGUGCCAAGAGUUGGAUGCAUUCCUAUCGGACGAACUGAAGCGUGUCGCAGGAGAAGAAACCCGUUCCCCGUUAGAUGGUAUUGUGAAAAAGGAACUAUCGGAAUGUCUAGAAGCGGACGAUGAGCAUGAGCUUCUAGCUGAUGGCACAUUGGUACAAAACAAAGCGGAAGAUCCAGCACUCGAAAUGCCAGAGUUGGACCAGGAAUGGCUUCCUCCACCGUCGGUCGUGCAAGAAGGUAUCGCAAUCGAACGCGACGGAUUGUCGGUAAGCAAGCGAGAUCUGCUCGACGUGUUGCAAACUGUCGGCACGGAACCGCCCCUUAGUUUAAAGCUCGUCCAGCGGUGUGAGUCGGUAGUGAAGAAGAUCGUUCAAUAUGAUCGUAAGGAACGAUCGAUGUUGGCUAGUGGAUCGGGUUCGGGUCUUGCCAUUUCAUCCGCCUCGCCGGUGAUUGGUCUGCAGCUGUUUGAUAGUGGUUCGAGUUUGGUCGCGUGUGGACCUGGCAGCGGUGCCGGAAAUGUCGGAGGAUCAUUUCUAAAAAAACGAAUCAAUCGAACCGGUUGGCCAACGAACAAGCGCAAGAUUGGUACGCGUACUAGACAGCAAUCGAGGUUUAUGUUGCCAUCGUUAUCGACAACGAAGAAGUCUAUGUCAAGAGAGUCGGUAAAAAAGGAAGAACCGGAAGAAGGAGAGGAAGAACAUUCAAAGGAUGGAAAUGAUGUGUCACAGCAGUGUGUAUCGAAAAAGCAGGACGAUGAUGAAGACACCGACGACGAGGAUGAUGGGGAAGACGACGAAGAGGAUGCUGAGGUCGUUGCUGGCGGAAGGGAUGUUGCCGAGGAUGACGAAGAGGAUGAUGAUGCUGAUACGAUAGUGGAUGAGCAAGUAGAAGUAAGUCCUGCUAGGUGUACAUCCAGAAAGGACGUUGCGCAAGCAACAAUCAACGAAAAGACUGACAGUAUUCGUCGAAAAGAACAGGAAGUGGAACAAGAAACUGUGACUAAACGCUCGGAACCGAAAACGAUAGAACGAAGAAGACGAAAACGUUCGUUUGGGAAGCAACAUAACAAAUAUCACGCCAGCAAAGCAUCGUGUAUAGAGCAGAGGAGUGAUGAUGAAAAGAAGAACGAAGAAAAUGCAGCAGUCGAUGCAACCGAACUAGAUUCACUAGAAAGUUUGCGAGCGAAAAGCUGUGAAAAAGAACGAAACACUAUUGCUUACGAUUCGAUGCCCACGCUUCGAGCUGCCCUCAUGAGGGACAAUAGCCAACUGCAGCGCAAUAUGGCAUCGUCGAUGGUGCUUCCAUCAUCGCCUUCGAAAUCUUCGUUAAUUCCUCCCUUCAGCGUUGAGAUACCGGAACGCGGAUCGUUACGAAAAUCGUCGAUCGGUUUAAGCCCGGGAAGUUCGAAUCGUGGCACCGUGCCACAUACGGGAAGCCGAGGAACACCGGCUGUGAGUUGUGAAAGCCUGUUGUGCCCUGCGUCUAGCCCCGGUUCGGGUCCAGUGUUGGGUGCCAACUGCUGCAAGUACGUAACGAAGACCACCACCACUAUGACGCGAGUUGAUUACGAUGGUGGUGGGAAUGUCACGUCCAGUGGGUUACCCGCGAUGAAGCUAAAACAUUCCCGUGAAGACGUUUCUACCAACAACGAGGAAGAGGAACAGCAACACGUACACAGGGAAGACAAUCGGCAAAAGCAAUCCUGCACCGCGAAUCGUUAUCGUGGCACUACCAGCAGCAGUACGGCGAUCGGCUCUGCUGUGCUGUCGACGACGCACGAUAGUGACGAUAAGGAGUGUGAUUCGAUCAGCUCUCGAAGCAUCUUCGUCAGCGAUGACUGUGAUACGACUUCGUCCUCGACCGCCAUAAACCCGCCAGACGAUCGACCGCCUUCAACCGGUGAAUUGCCAUCCGUUUCCACAGGUCAUUCGAACCAUCUGCACCACACUGAAACUGGUGCUGUCCCUUCGCAUUUGUCUGAUGUUACUUCCUCUUCUUCAUUGCCGAUAAAUCAACGGUUGGCGGCGCCACCCACUGCACGAGUGCGACGGAGGGAAAGUUCGGAAAAUGAAGAAUCACUUCAAAACGAAACAGAGUCAACGCACAAUGAACGACCGUCGGAGCAAUACCUGCUCGUAGACAAACCUACCAAAACUCCCCGCACACCGAGUGAAAGGAUACGCAACAAAAUGGUUAGAAAUCGGCGUGUUGCUAUUCGGUUGGAAUUGGCAACUGUUGCUGCUGCUAGUAAGAAGCAGGAUGUGACGAAAACCCAUGACGUACAAACACGAACCGUACCGUCGUCGAAGCGACGGAAAUCUUCCUCCCUAGGGCCGCCACUGCCACCACCCACAGUGAUGCCACUUUCUCCCCCGCUAACCACCUCGACGUCCUCUUCAUCCUCUUCGUCGUACGGUGCAGACGAAAAGGCGCCCUUAUCACCAUUGGGCGUAGUAACAUCGGUACGGCGAAAAACGCACAUCGACGAUAGCAUCAUCGGGGAGGAAGAACUGCUACAGGAUGAACAAAGUUUGCAACAUUCUUCCAGUGGUAGGGACAUGGAGCUCCAAAGCAAUGCUGAGAUUGCUCUUACGCCAUCCAAAAUAAAAACUCGCUCAUCAACGUUUGGUCCCUCGCCGGCGAAACGUACCUACGGCGGAGCGAAACUAUCAUCGAAGAAGCUCCCGUUUGUAAGUUUGAUUAAAACGACCUAUGUACCGGCAGGUGUGAUCGAGAAAGUACCCACGUUAGUGAAUGGUACGAUGGAAGGUCUCAGUAAGAAAGACGGCAACAAACAAAACCGGCGUACGAAGUCGGUGGAGAAGACAACGAGUAAUAAAUCGUCGCCAACUAUGAAAAAGGUGCUUAAGAAGAGACAAGAACCAAAGCAAAACGUUACGAUGGCAAAGAAGAAACAAAUCAAAGCUAAUGUCGGCGGUGUCGUUGGUAAGAAAAACAAAAAGGUGGUAUCUGCAAGACCGAAACAGAUCGCGGCGCGGAAAAAGCUCAAAAAACCCGUUGAAGAUGCUGCAACUAGUGGUCAUUUGAACAACAACACUGGUGGUGCCUUCACAAAUGACGGUCCUGCAAAAGAGGAAGAUGAAGAUCCGUUGGGUUCUCCGCUCGAGCGGGAAAACUCUUCCGAACAGCAGGACCAUCACCACCAUACUGACGAGGAGCGUAAUCAUCGGCAACAUCAUCACACAACACCUCGAGUUCCCGAUCUAAUGGAGGAACAUUUGCUGGAGGAGGAAGAGGAGGAGGAGGAAGAGGAACUGUUGGAGAGAAAUGCAGGCGGCGAAGAUGAGGAUUUGCAUGGAGUCGAUGAGGAAGAGCAUUAUGAAUUGCUCGAACUGAUGGAGAUCGAGGAGCAAGCAGAAGAAGAAGAGCUGGGUGAUGAAGCGGAAGACGAAGAAGAAGAGGAGGAGAUACAUCAGGUUGGAGUGGAGGAGGAAGAAGAGGAGGAGGAAGAAGACGCUUUUCUGACGGGUGAAGAUGAUGAAGCAGCGGAGCAGCAGCAAAAGCGGCAGGAUGACGAGGAACGGAAGCUCAUCAUGGCCGAUCAUGACUAUAGCGAUCAACACGUUGAUCCUUCGUUGGCGGAUGCUGAGUUUGUUGAGGUUGAAGAACUGGAAGAGGACGAUCUCGAGAGUGAUGACGAUGAAGACAUCGACGACGGAGAACCGGAGGAGGUUGAGGAGGAAGAAAUGGAACAAGACGAAGUGGGAGAUCACGAUGAGGAGGAGGAAGACGAUGAUGAUGAUGAGGACGCUAACAACACCUUAACGCAAGAUCAUCAUCCAUGUCGAGUAGCACCUUCAGCGCUGAAUUUUGGUAAGCAGCAACGUGUAAAAGUCACAUUUGCUUCCUCCUCCGGAGCUUCUGCAACGUUGGCGAUAGCAUCGGCGACGCCGACCACGGUAGCGCCAAGCGGCAGCGCAACGGGGACGAAAAACUUCACCACCCCCACGUCCUCCCCGACCAAGUACAGUCCGCGGAAGUUAAGGAAACCUCGUGGCCGGUGGUAUCGCGAACGAUGAGUACGAAAUGGUAGCAGCAUCCCGAACGGCUGGAAGUAUCGCCCUGCUUGUGUAAGAUAUUGACGGCAACCCAGAACCAUAGUUGGCCAUAGUUUCGAUUAGCACUGCAAAGGACACAGGGAAAAGUUCCUAGAGAAUGGUGGUCGGUGUUCAGAAGAUAGGUGGCUGCUCUCUAGUUCCCGUGGUGGGCACUACUGGAUGUUGUUGUGCUAUGUGCUACGUUGUUUUUAGUUUGUCAUGAAAAAGAAAACAGAGGGACGAUUCUCAUGUUUUGUUCAUCCCAUCAAAUCAGUAGCCAUUUUUGUUCGUUCAUCGUAAUUCUGUUCAGAUUGAAAUAGAGAUUUACUUUUAAUUGAAUCACAGCCGAGCUUGUAGUCCUUUUCUCCGUAUCUGUUCGUCUUUUUGUUUUAUAUUAUUUUUCUUAUCGUCGCAUUCGCGGUCGCGGUCGCAUUCAAUUAGUGUAAAUGUAUUUUAAGUUCUGUUAGGUAUUAGCAUGUAAUAUCGUUUCAAUAGAUAAGGAUCCCUUCUGGCCGGAUCUUUGCUUUACGCAGCAACCACAAAAACACGUACGCAUUCAGUAGGAACAUAAAAACAAAAACAACUGGAGUAUUAUGAAGGUAAUGUCGAGAUGUUCGAGGGCUGAAAAGGAGAAACGCGUAGAUGCUAAUGAUAGGAAAUGUGUUAAGAGAGGAUGACCGAAAAAAACCGAAUAUGUACAGAGAAAAAAAAACGAUUAAAGUUAAGUUACACUACACUGUGCAGCUCUUGUUGCGUGUACGUAGGACACCGUGGAGCGGAAGGUAGGAUUCGACUGUCCUUAGUGCCAAGAAUUGGUUCGAAUCAAUGAAAAACUAAACAAAAACACACAAUUUUGCCCAACGACAUGAGAUAUGAUGAGCAAGAAAAUUGUUUUAUCCUGCUAAACUGCAACACCUUCCGCAUUUCGGAAUAGUGAAAGAUUCAGAGAAACUUAAAACAGCUAACGUACAGAGUUGUGUAAGUGUUGUUAAGACGUUAAAAAAGGGAACCUAUUGCAAACGCAGCAGAACAACAGACGGAACGGGGAAAACGCAACUCGUUGAACAAAGUGUUACAGAAAUGAAGAAAGUUACACGAAACGUACGUAUCAUAUGGUUUUUUUUUCUUUGUUUACGUUUUUAUUUUCUCUUUUCCUUUUUUUAUUGUUGUGAUAAAAUGUUUUUAAAUGGUUCUAUGUUUUUUGUAUAAUGGUUUCUUUUUAAUUUGUUUGUUCUUAGUGUUUCCUGUGUAGUUUUUACUUUUCUUCUGUGUUCUGUGUUGUUAAUCUAUGACACACCAGUCAGUAAAUCAUUGAAUGUUGAAACUUAUCUCUCUUCCUAUCUCUGUUCACUGUGUUUCUCUAUUCUUUCACGACGAAAUGCGAUGAUUUUUGUUUCAACUUUCUAGCACAAAUUUUGUUAUCGAUGAGAAAUGCUUAAACGUUCUUGUUUUCCGCUCAAUAGAGGAUUGGGUAUGUUUUGAAUCUUAACAAUAGGUCAAAGAAACUGCAUAAUUUUCUGUAAUAAACAGACACAGCGUUACGAUUGGAAUGGAGUAAACUUUCGAUAGAGAGAAAGGGUAAACCUAAUUAAUCCACUACAUGAUUUGGCGUUGAAGGCUAAAAUUCUGGUUGAUGUGGGCGGUUGGCCCAUACCUUACGCCCUUAUCAAACGGGGUUGUCAAAAUUACGAACCAAAACUCAAUAAAAGCAACAUACCAUUAAUCUAAAAGUAAUAAAUAACUGUAGCAAAAAACAGAAGUGGAAAGAGCAGGGCAAAAUUUAACACGAGAAAUGUGACAGUCUGGAAAAUAAAAGAAACAAAAGAUCCAUUGUGGAAUAAAUAUAAAAAAAAAACCGAACCGUCGACGGUACGGUUGAUGAAUUGAAAACAAGGGUUUACUGUGGUGGCCACGACUUGUUAUUCAUUGUUGAAAGAAAAGCGAAUACAUCGCGAAUCAUUAAUCUGAUCUGAAACUGAUAC